CGCGUGCGCCGCCCCACGCCGGGACUGUGACGUCGCGCGUCGCCGCGAUCGGCAGCGGAGGGCGUUGCGGCGUGUGUGGAGCGGGAACUUGCGUAGCGUACGAGUGCCGGCCUUCCGCCGCUUGCUCUUUCUCCUGGUGAGGCUCGGCGCGGUUCCCGACGAGGAGUGCCGGCCGGACGGCCGGGCUCGGCGCCAUGCUACGACGCACGAAGCCCGAGGUGGAGAGAUACGUCGCUUCCGUGCAGGCCGCCGCCUCCUCUCCUAGAGAGAGAUCGUUGAAAGGAUUCCUUUUUGCUAAGCUGUAUUUUGAGAUAAAAGAAUAUGAACUUGCUAAAAGAUAUAUUUCUACUUAUCUCAGUGUCCAAGAGAGAGAUCCCAAAGCUCACAGGUUUCUGGGACAGAUUUAUGAAGCUCAGGAUAACAUAGAAAAAGCUUUUGGGUGUUACAAGCGUUCUGUGGUGCUGAAUCCAAGGCAGAAAGAUCUUGUGCUGAAGAUUGCAGAGUUGCUGUGUAGUAACAACAUCACUGAUGGAAGAGCCAAGUACUGGGUUGAGAAAGCUGCCAGGCUCUUCCCUGGGAGUCCUGCUGCUUACAGACUGAAGGAGCAGUUACUGGAACAUAAAGGUGAAGAUGGAUGGAAUCAGCUCCUUGAUAUGAUUCAGACAGAACUCUAUGCGAGACCUGAUGAUAUCUACCUGAACAUCAGACUGGUUGCUCUCUACCGUUCAAAUAAUAGGUUAAGAGAUGCUGUGCUUCAUUGUCAGGAGGCAGAGAAGAAAAUACCAGUAGACUCAAGCUUGGAAUGGUGUUCAUGUGUCAUAAAGACAUUUGAGGAAUACCUUGAAUCAGUUCGAGACUUGGAAUCUGAUAAGAAUAAUUGGAGAGCUAUCAAGAAAGAUCAUCUGCUGGCCUAUGCUAGCUUUGUUAAAAUGACACUUGCUUCCAGAGAUGUUCGAGAAAGCAGAGAGGCACUUGAAAGUUUUGACCGUGUGCUUCACUCUGUGAAACCAUAUGUGAAUGGACCUGAUGAGCUGUCUCAUACCUUCCUUGAGAUGAAAGGACACUUCUACAUGCAUGCAGGAACUUUCCUACUGAAAAUGGCCCAGAGCAGUGAGGCGCAGUGGAGAGAUGCAUGUGAACUUGCAGCAUUGUGUUAUCUGAAAAGUUUCUAUGUACCUAAACCAAAGUCCAAACUAAUAAAAGGAGAUCCUGCUGGGCAAGACAUGCUGGAAAUGUUGGCCUGUGACCGAAAGAGCCAGUCUGGUCACAUGUUGCUGAACUUAAGCCACGGCAAGGAAGACUUUUUGAAAGAGAUUGUGGAAUCUUUUGCAAACAAAAGUGGUUUAUUUACGUUGUUUGAAAGCCUGUUUGGGAGUGGAGCUUCUAGAGAGAGAUCUUUCCUUGGCACAGAUGAUGUGGGAAAUGUCAGUACACAAGCACCAGUUCAAGGAGAACUGAGUAAAUAUGAUAUUGGUGCUGUUCGAAUGCACAGUGGCAGUCUCCAGCACCUUGUUUGGCUUGGCUUGCAGUGGAAUUCUAUGUCAGCGUUAUUCCCGCUGCGCAAAGUAUUAAAACAGCUUUUUCACUUGCCACAAGAAACAUCAAGGCUUGAAACAGAUGCUCCUGAAUCCAUCUGCCUGCUGGACCUUGAAGUUUUUUUACUUGGAAUGGUGUUCACCAGCAACUUACAAUUGCAAGAGAAGUUUAAUACUCACUACGGCACACAUCAGCCUCCAUUCUUACCAUUGCUGCUGUGCAAACAGUACUAUACUGAGAAGCAGAGAUCCUGGUGGGAUGCAGUUCGUACUCUGAUGCAGAAAAAAACAACGCCAGACUCAGCAACAAGACUGAGGCUUCUUGUACAGCAUGGAUUAAGUACUCUGCGAGCCCUGGAGAAACACGGCCUUCAGCCUGCCUUAAUUAUCCACUGGGCAAGAAGCCUGCAAAAAACAGGCACUAGCCUUACCUCCUUCUACGACCAGAAAGAAUACAUUGGAAGAAGUGCCUACUACUGGAAGAAAACUUUGCUUGCUUUGAAAAUGAUCAAAAAGCACAAAAGUAUUCCUGAGCCUACUGAUCCUCUGUUCAACCAUUUCCAUAGUGUGGACAUUCAGGUCUUUCAGGUUGCAGCCUAUGAAGAAGAGGCACAUACAGCAUUUGCAAUGUUGGACGCGGUUGAAGGCAAAACCGAUGAUGCUUUAUUAGCAUUUGAAGCUAUUAAGAACGUGGUUUCAUACUGGAAUCUUGCCAUACUUUGCCAAAGAAAGGCAGAGGAGAUUGAGAGCGAGGAGAUGUUGCCAGAAGAACAAGAAGAGCACAAAACCUAUCUUCUUAAAAGAAAGCAUUACCUGAUGAAGAUCAUCGAUGAAAGCUCCUCUGAUCCAUCAGUAGCUGACAAACUGCCAGUAUCUAUGGAAACUGUAACGGAAAUGCUGAAUGCAGUGAGCCAGGAGCUUGGGGAGAAUGAUGAAGAGGAAAGUUUUGCCUCUGGAAACAUCUCACAAGCUGCACAUCUGGAAGUAAAACAUUCCAUUCCAUCACCUAAGAAAUUAUCUACCUACAAGUUUUCUCCUAAAACUCUUCCUCAGUGGGCAGAAGAUCUUCAGUCCUUACUUCAGAUGCUCUGUCAGCAAGUGGAAGCUUUAAAGAAUGAAAUGCAGGAAAUGAAACUCAACAGUUCCAACGUAAGUGUAUCAUCUCAUCGGUGGCCUGCUGAAAGCUAUGGAACUGAUCCUAUGCCAGAUGGUUAUCAGAGAGCACAAAAUCUUCAUGAAGCUCCUUUAACGGUUGCUACCACUGGCCCAUCUGUGUACUAUAGCCAGUCACCUGCUUAUAACUCACAGUAUCUUCUAAGAACUGCUGCAACCAAUGUAACACCAACCAAGGCGCCUGUCUACGGCAUGAACAGACUUGCACCUCAGCAACAUAUAUAUGCUUAUCAACAACCGAUCCACACCCCACCUCUGCAGAACACUUGUGCCGGUGUGUUUCCUCAAGACAUCUAUGCUACACCUUUGCGUUUUGAUGCUCCUGCUGCUGGAAUCAUUUCACCUCGUGGAGGCGAUGAUUACUACAACUACGGUGUUCCACAGGCGAGCACCAAUCCACCACUACCUGAACCUGGCUAUUUUACAAAACCUUCGGUUGCACCCACGACUUUAAAACCUGCAGAAUCCAAAGGGGUAGAAUUUUCAAAAGCUAAAUUUGGGCAGCCGGGAGCAGCUGAAGGGUCGAAGCCGCCUCAGCCAACAACCUUUAAAUUCAACACUAACUUCAAAUCUAAUGAUGGGGACUUCACCUUUUCUUCUCCUUUAGCUGCCACACAGCCUGCUAAUGGAGCUUUUAACAGCAGUGAACGCCUUUUGAAGCUUUUAACAUCAGACAAACCUUUACAAGAUGAGAGGUGCAUUGAACAAAAAGGAGUUAACAGUCAUGCAAGUGGCCAAAGAAAUGUCUUCAGUUUCAGUAAUAAGCAUACUUCAGGUGUCUCUCUUACAGGCAGCGUGGGACAAAAUGCGCAUAAAAACCUGUCUUUUGAGAAGAGUGAAAUGUUUAACUUCCAAGAACCAAGCAAGCAAUUAUUUAUGACUUCAAAUUCUGACUUGGCCAACAGAAGUCAUGAAACAGAGGGAGGAAGCACCCAUGGUGGUGAUGAGGAUGAUGAUGGACCUCAUUUUGAACCUGUGGUGCCACUCCCUGACAAGAUUGAAGUAAAGACAGGCGAGGAAGAUGAAGAAGAGUUUUUCUGCAACAGAGCUAAACUGUUCCGGUUUGAUGCAGAAUCUAAAGAGUGGAAAGAAAGAGGUAUUGGAAAUGUGAAAAUACUGAAACACAAAGUAUCUGGCAAAUUCCGUCUCUUAAUGAGAAGGGACCAAGUACUAAAAAUCUGUGCAAAUCACUACAUAAAUACUGAUAUGAAAUUAACUCCAAAUGCUGGAUCAGAUAGAUCAUUUGUAUGGCAUGCUUUAGAUUAUGCAGAUGAGCUGCCAAAGCCAGAACAGCUCACAAUUCGAUUUAAAACACCAGAGGAAGCAAUGCUUUUCAAAAGUAAGUUUGAGGAGUGUCAGAAUAUGUUAAAAACGUCAGGAUCGAGUGCUGAUGCAUCCUUGACUCGGAGCACUGGAACUGCUAAAGAGGCAACAAGUCAAGAUACCAAGGAAUCUUGCGGGUCAACAUUAGGGAUCUUGAACUCCGUAUUUCGGUUCUCAAAAGAUAGUGUGACCAGCGAAUCUGACAGCAAAGGCAGUUUUACGUCAACGUCAACUGCCCCUGCCACUUUUUCAUUUGGAAAGGAAGCCAUACAAACCUAUUCCUCUGGUGGAUUUGGACAGUCUCCCUUGAAGAAGAAUCAGUGGGAGUGUAAAGUAUGUUUAGUUCCGAACGAAGCAACUGCUAAGAACUGUGUCUCAUGCCAAAGCCCAAAUCCAGAUGUGUGGGACACACAUGGCAUCCCGGUAAGUGAAUCUGCUGCAAGUUUCAAAGCCAGCAGUAGUGCCACACAGGACAAAUUAGGAUCUGCCUUUGCUAAAAAGGAAGGUCAGUGGGACUGUAGUAUCUGUUCAGUCAGAAAUGAACCCACUGCCACAAAAUGUGUUGCCUGCCAGAAUCCAAGCAAAACUAAUUCAGAAGUAUCUCCUCAACAAUUUUCCUUUAAACUGGAACGACUAGAUGCUCCAAAGACCACUCAGAAUGACUUGGGAACUGCUUUUUCACUGAAAGGUCAGUGGAACUGCUCUGUAUGCCUCACCCAGAACGAAGCAAAUGAUGAAAACUGUCGUUCUUGUCAGAGUCCUAACUCUCAAGGUCAACCACAUGUGCCAGUAUCUGCUGUUCAGGCGCUUCCUGCUCCCAGCUUUGGAUCUGCUACUGAGGCAAGUAAACCUCAGAAGAAUGCAUUUGCAGAGCUUUUUGCUAAAAAGGAAGGGCAGUGGGAUUGUAAUACUUGUUUUGUAAGGAACGAAGGUUCCUCACCAGCUUGUGUAGCUUGCCAAACACCAAAUCCAUCUAGUAAGCCUACCAGUGAUGUUUCAUUGUUGACUUCUGACUUGAAAAGUAAAUCAUCUGAACCUGUUGGAGGACAACUGGGAACGGGUUUUAAGUGUGAAUUCUUAGGAAAAAGCUUUAAGUUUGGUCAUGCUGAUCAAGGGAAAACACCAGCAUUUACAUUUCAGAAUCUUGGAGAUGCUGAAGCAAAACCUGCAAAGGAAGGAUUCAACUUUUCAGUGUUGGUGCCUCCAGGUGGAUUUAAAUUUGGCAUCCAGGAAUCCAAUAAAAAUACUAGUAAGAAAGAUGAUCCACCCAAGGAGUGUACAACAGACUUGAAAAACAUUGACGAAAAAGACAAAAAUGAACUGCCUUCAAGUAGUGGAGUUACACUCCAAUCUGAGGAAACAGCAGACAAGGACAAGGGUGAAUUUACUUUUGGCCAGAACAGCAGUAGCACUUUUACUUUUGCUGAUCUUGCAAAAAGUACCCCCAGUGAAGGCUUUCAGUUUGGCAAAAAAGAUCCUAACUUUGAAGGCUUCUCAGGUGCAGGUGAACAGCUGUUUUCUUCAAAGGUUUCUCAGACUGGUCACAGAGCAAGCACCUCUGCUGAUCUUGGUGAGAAGGAUGACGAUGUGUACAAGACUGAGGACAGUGAUGAUAUUCAUUUUGAACCGAUAGUUCAGAUGCCUGAAAAAGUAGAGCCGUUUACAGGAGAGGAGGAUGAGAAAGUGCUGUACUCCCAAAGAGUGAAGCUAUUCAGGUUUGAUCCAGAAACAAGCCAGUGGAAAGAACGUGGGGUGGGCAACCUGAAGAUUCUUAAAAAUGAAGUGAAUGGCAAAGUAAGGAUACUCAUGCGACGCGAGCAGGUACUGAAGGUAUGUGCAAAUCACUGGAUCACAACAACUAUGAACUUGAAACAGCUGUCGGGCUCAGACAAAGCAUGGAUGUGGAUGGCCAGUGACUUCUCUGAUGGCGAUGCAAAGCUGGAACAGCUGGCAGCGAAGUUCAAAACACCAGAGCAGGCUGAGGAGUUCAAACAGAAGUUUGAAGAGUGUCAGAAGCUACUGCUAGAUAUACCACUGCAGACACCCCAUAAACUUGUCGAUACGGGCAGGACAGCUCAGCUUAUACAGAAAGCAGAAGAAAUGAAGACCGGCUUAAAAGAUCUCAAAACGUUUCUGACGGAUGACAAAACUAAACUAGCAGAAGAAGAAAACGUAAACUCUGCCUGUGCUGGUGGCACUUCUGAUUCUGUUACAGAGCCACACGCUGAAGGUACUGGGCCUGCUGUGGAGUGGAGCAACUGUGAGCUGCGUGAGGAAGCAUUGGAUGACAGCUUAAGUAGCUCUGUGUAUGCAUCACCUCUUGCAAGCAGCCCUGUAAGGAAAAAUCUGUUUAGAUUUGGAGAGUCCACAGCAGGCUUCAAUUUCAGCUUUAAAUCUGCCUUGAGUCCAUCCAAAUCUCCUGCCAAGCAGAACCAGAGUGGAACAUCUGUGGGCACGGAUGAAGAUUCUGAUCUUACUCAAGAGGAGGAGAGAGAUGGGCAGUACUUCGAACCUGUAGUACCUCUGCCUGACCUUGUGGAAGUGACUAGUGGCGAGGAAAAUGAGCAAGUUGUCUUCAGUCAUAGAGCUAAACUCUAUAGAUACGAUAAAGACACAAACCAAUGGAAGGAGAGAGGUAUUGGGGAUAUCAAGAUACUGCAGAACUAUGACAAAAAACCUGCAGAAUCCAAAGGGGUAGAAUUUUCAAAAGCUAAAUUUGGGCAGCCGGGAGCAGCUGAAGGGUCGAAGCCGCCUCAGCCAACAACCUUUAAAUUCAACCCUAACUUCAAAUCUAAUGAUGGGGACUUCACUGUUUCUUCUCCUUUAGCUGCCACAAAAAGUGUUGCCUGCCAGAAUCCAAGCAAAACUAAUUCGGUAGUAUCUCCUCAACAGUUUUCCUUUAAACUGGAACGACUAGAUGCUCCAAAGACCACUCAGAAUGACUUGGGAACUGCUUUUUCACUGAAAGGUCAGUGGAACUGCUCUGUACGCCUCACCCAGAGCAAAGCAAAUGAUGAAAACUGUCGUUCUUGUCAGAGUCCUAACUCUCAAGGUCGACCACAUGUGCCAGUAUCUGCUGUUCAGGCGCUUCCUGCUCCCAGCUUUGGAUCUGCUACUGACGCAAGUAAACCUCAGAAGAAUGCAUUUGCAGAGCUUUUUGCUAAAAAGGAAAAACAGUGGGAUUGUAAUAAGUCAAAGACAUUCACAUUUGGAAAUACUUCAGCCACCGGUUCCCUCUUUGGAUUCAGCUUUAAUCCUCCAAGAAAAAGCACAGGUGAUAUUUCAGCAUCUCAGAAAGCAGAACAGAAAAAAGUGGGAGUAGCUGAACCAUCCAAAAGCUGCAGUGCAUCUCAGAAACCUUUGGACAGCAAGGCAUCCAAUGUGGCUCCCUCAGCACGGGAUGGACCCUCCAACUUCUCAUUUAAAAUUCUGGAAAAAGCUGAGAAGACAGCUGACCCCUCAGAUGCUGCACCAUCCGAUGAUGUUGUGAUAGUGUACGAGCUCACACCUACCCCAGAGCAGAGAGCUCUCGCAGGCUUUCUUAAGCUCCCUUCAACCUUCUUCUGUUACAAGAAUAAGCCUGGAUAUGUGAGUGAAGAGGAUGAUGAUGAAGACUAUGAAACAGCAGUUAAGAAACUUAAUGGAAGACUGUAUCCCAGCAAUGAAAAAGAAAAAAGGAAAUGGCAAGCUGAGAAGACAGCUGACCCCUCAGAUGCUGCACCAUCCGAUGAUGUUGUGAUAGUGUACGAGCUCACACCUACCCCAGAGCAGAGAGCUCUCGCAGGCUUUCUUAAGCUCCCUUCAACCUUCUUCUGUUACAAGAAUAAGCCUGGAUAUGUGAGUGAAGAGGAUGAUGAUGAAGACUAUGAAACAGCAGUUAAGAAACUUAAUGGAAGGCUGUAUCCCAGCAAUGAAAAAGAAAAAAGGAAAUGGCAAGCUGAGAAGACAGCUGACCCCUCAGAUGCUGCACCAUCCGAUGAUGUUGUGAUAGUGUACGAGCUCACACCUACCCCAGAGCAGAGAGCUCUCGCAGGCUUUCUUAAGCUCCCUUCAACCUUCUUCUGUUACAAGAAUAAGCCUGGAUAUGUGAGUGAAGAGGAUGAUGAUGAAGACUAUGAAACAGCAGUUAAGAAACUUAAUGGAAGGCUGUAUCCCAGCAAUGAAAAAGAAAAAAGGAAAUGGCAAGCUGAGAAGACAGCUGACCCCACAGAUGCUGCACCAUCCGAUGAUGUUGUGAUAGUGUACGAGCUCACACCUACCCCAGAGCAGAGAGCUCUCGCAGGCUUUCUUAAGCUCCCUUCAACCUUCUUCUGUUACAAGAAUAAGCCUGGAUAUGUGAGUGAAGAGGAUGAUGAUGAAGACUAUGAAACAGCAGUUAAGAAACUUAAUGGAAGACUGUAUCCCAGCAAUGAAAAAGAAAAAAGGAAAUGGCAAGCUGAGAAGACAGCUGACCCCUCAGAUGCUGCACCAUCCGAUGAUGUUGUGAUAGUGUACGAGCUCACACCUACCCCAGAGCAGAGAGCUCUCGCAGGCUUUCUUAAGCUCCCUUCAACCUUCUUCUGUUACAAGAAUAAGCCUGGAUAUGUGAGUGAAGAGGAUGAUGAUGAAGACUAUGAAACAGCAGUUAAGAAACUUAAUGGAAGGCUGUAUCCCAGCAAUGAAAAAGAAAAAAGGAAAUGGCAAGCUGAGAAGACAGCUGACCCCACAGAUGCUGCACCAUCCGAUGAUGUUGUGAUAGUGUACGAGCUCACACCUACCCCAGAGCAGAGAGCUCUCGCAGGCUUUCUUAAGCUCCCUUCAACCUUCUUCUGUUACAAGAAUAAGCCUGGAUAUGUGAGUGAAGAGGAUGAUGAUGAAGACUAUGAAACAGCAGUUAAGAAACUUAAUGGAAGGCUGUAUCCCAGCAAUGAAAAAGAAAAAAGGAAAUGGCAAGCUGAGAAGACAGCUGACCCCUCAGAUGCUGCACCAUCCGAUGAUGUUGUGAUAGUGUACGAGCUCACACCUACCCCAGAGCAGAGAGCUCUCGCAGGCUUUCUUAAGCUCCCUUCAACCUUCUUCUGUUACAAGAAUAAGCCUGGAUAUGUGAGUGAAGAGGAUGAUGAUGAAGACUAUGAAACAGCAGUUAAGAAACUUAAUGGAAGACUGUAUCCCAGCAAUGAAAAAGAAAAAAGGAAAUGGCAAGUAGGCACUGCAGUCAAACAGGAAUUGGAGAGGGAAUGUGUUACUACUUCUGAAACUAAACCUCCUGAGAAGAAGGCUGAAGAAGAAACUCCGCAGGUCACUUCCACAUCUGUCUGUGGCAUUGGUAGUAAUGCGGAAGAUGCCUGUCCAGAAGGCUCUCAGAAAGAAGCUGACACUCAGAGAAAGAAAGAGAGUGAAGUUACAAGCUCAGCUGACACAGUCUGUACGAGUGAGGAAGAAUUUCAUACUCCAUCAACUAGUGAAGCAACGGCGGUAUUUGUGCAGUCAGCUGCUAGCAGUGAAGAGGCAGAUUCCACAGAAACUGCUCACGUAUCACAGAGUUUACCAGGAGGUGAUGAUAAGCCUGUGGACCUGUCAACUAAAAAAGAAAGUGAUUCUGAACGUUCUGAGUCAACCCAAGAACACAAACCCAUCUCGUUUGGCUUUGGUCAUGCUUCGGGCUUGUCGUUUGCGGAUCUGGCUUCCAAGAACUCUGGAGACUUUGCUUUUGGCUCUAAAGAUAAAAACUUCAAAUGGGCAAACACAGGAGCAGCUGUUUUUGGAGUACAGCCAGCCAGUAAGGCAGACGAAGAAGAAGGUGGUAGUGAUGAUGAGGUGGUACACAGUGAUGAUAUCCACUUUGAGCCAAUUGUCUCCUUACCAGAGGUGGAGGUAAAGUCUGGAGAAGAAGAUGAAGAAAUUCUCUUCAAAGAGAGAGCAAAACUUUACAGGUGGGACAGAGAUGCUACUCAGUGGAAGGAGCGUGGUGUUGGAGAGCUUAAGAUCCUUUUCCAUACGCAGAAGAAAUAUUACAGGAUCCUUAUGAGAAGGGACCAAGUUCUGAAAGUGUGUGCAAACCAUGUCAUCACCAAAGAAAUGAACUUAGUGCCCUCUGAUACAUCAAACAAUGUUUUAAUUUGGACAGCUACAGAUUAUGCUGAUGGUGAAGUGAAAGUGGAACAAUUUGCAGUCAGAUUUAAGGUUCAAGAACUGGCUAAUUCUUUCAAGAGGAGAUUUGAAGAAUGCCAGCAAAGCUUGUCAGAGCUACAGAAGGGCCACCUCUCUCUGGCAGCAGAGCUGUCAAAGGACACCAACCCUGUUGUGUAUUUCAACGUUUCUGCCAACGAUGAACCUUUAGGACGCAUAACCAUGGAGCUGUUCUCAAAUGUUGUCCCUCGAACAGCUGAAAACUUCAGGGCCCUGUGCACGGGGGAGAAAGGCUUUGGAUUCAAGAAUACCACGUUUCACAGAAUAGUUAGUGACUUCGUAUGUCAGGGAGGGGAUAUAACAAACCAUGAUGGAACAGGUGGACGAUCAAUUUAUGGAGAAGCAUUUGAAGAUGAGAAUUUUGAAGUGAAACAUACUGGUCCUGGCUUGCUGUCAAUGGCAAAUAGGGGCAGGGAUACGAACAACUCUCAGUUCUUCAUAACGCUCAAAAAAGCAGAGCACUUGGACUUUAAACACGUGGUAUUUGGAUUCGUGAAGGAUGGAAUGGAUGUCGUGAAAAAGAUUGAAUCCUUUGGUUCUCCUAAAGGGCUAGUAAAUGGAAGAGUUGUCAUUACAGACUGUGGGCAAACAUAGAAUUAUGGCUUUGAGUAUACAGAUGUUCUAGUGGUAUGAAUUGGUAUUUAGAUGUUAUUAACUAAUUAUUUCAACUUCUUAAAAAUGGACACUUCUGAUGUAUAAAUGUAAAAUUACAGCUUAUAGUUUUUUUGUGUUCAAAUUGGUUUUUUUUUUUUUGCAUGUUAAAUAAAGUUCAGACACUGGCAUAUUUCAGGUGUAUUUGUGUUAUCCUGACAUUUGUAUUGAAUGUCAAAUUUUAAAAAUUAAAUCUUAGUCUUGUUAAAAUAAUUGUCUUGUCCUC